UUGGUCGUACGUAAAGCGGCAGGAACUCCCGGCUUGGUUGCAUCCUUACCACAAGGAAAGAGGACGGGACUGCUUUCAAAACUGUACAAGUGAGGAACUGGAAGUGUUUUUUUUUUUCUUUUAGAGGAGCUGGCUGCUGGCGCUGAUGUUUUUACAGACUCGGCUUCCAACGAAAGAAGAAGAAGAAGAAGAAGAAAGAGCUCCGUUUGCAGUGGGAAGUGGAAGUAGCUGCGCUGCUGCUGACGCCUUGCCAACUGAUUGUAGCUUUUCCAGGCCUGUUUGUGGUGCGUAAGGGGAGCGGGGGGGCUGCUGAUUAAAAUCAGCAUCAGCCCCAGAGACUGAUGGCUGGAUUUAGCUUUAGCUUUAGCUUGGUGUGCGCUGUGCUCCUGGGCGCCUUCCUAGUGAGCACGAAGCCCAUGCUGAGGAAGGAGAGGGUUCUCCGUGAUCCAGAGCUGAGCAGCAGACAAGCCCACGAAGACAAUAAGAGCUAUCAGUACGACCAUGAGGCCUUUCUGGGCAAGGACGAGGCCAAGACGUUUGACCAGCUCACCCCCGAGGAGAGCAGAGACAGACUGAGCAAAAUCGUGGACCGUAUAGAUGGGGACGCAGAUGGGUACAUCACGACAGACGAGCUGAACGCCUGGAUAAAGCGUGUCCAGAAGCGCUACGUGUACGAGAACGUAGCAAAGGUCUGGGUGGAUUAUGAUCUGAACAAAGACAACAAGAUCUCAUGGGACGAGUACAAGCAGGCCACCUACGGAUACUAUCUGGCUAACCCUCAGGAGUUUGAGGAUGCCACAGACAAGUUCAGCUUUAAGAAGAUGCUCCCUCGAGAUGAGAGGAGAUUUAAAGCAGCAGAUCUGAACGGCGACCUGGCAGCAGACCGGGAAGAGUUCACAUCCUUCCUCCAUCCUGAGGAGUUUGAGCACAUGAAGAGUAUUGUGGUUCUGGAAACGCUGGAGGACAUCGACAACAACGGCGACGGACAUGUGGAUGAAGACGAGUACAUUGCCGACAUGUUUGCUCACGAGGACGGGGGUCCUGAACCCGACUGGGUCAGGACUGAGCGAGAGCAGUUCUCCGACUUCCGAGACCUCAACAAAGACGGAAAGAUGGAUCAGGAUGAAAUCCGGCAAUGGAUCAUGCCGCAGGACUACGACCACGCCCAGGCCGAGGCCAGACAUCUUGUGUACGAGUCAGACCAGGACAAGGACCAGAAACUGACCAAGCAGGAGAUUCUUGACAACUGGAACAUGUUUGUUGGAAGUCAAGCCACGAAUUACGGCGAAGACCUCACCAGGAACCACGAUGAGCUCUGACGUGUAUCUGUGUCCUGAAAACAGCAGAAAUCAGGACGGGCCUCACAGCGACGGCUCUCAAGUAGGAGAUGGAUAGAAGAUGGACCUACUGAGGUUUCAUGAUCGGUGUUUCAGUCCUCCUGUAGAUAGUUUUGUUCCUGACAUUCAGGAACGAAACCAGAGGGUUCUUGAUCAGUGCCUUCCAGCCGUGCGGUAGCAGGCUGUGCUGCCUCUGAGAUUUCUAACAGUGUUUUUAGACAUCAGUCGUAUGAACAGUUUGUGAUAGAAAUGAUAAUGUGAAACCUCAACUUAGAGCAUUUAUUAUGUUUUUUUUUUUCUCAAAUAUUUCAGAUGACUUUGAUACUGAAAGUUGGGGA